CUUAAAACUGGUAUGUACGACUAAGAUUUAGAUCUCCGCCAUUGAAGAUUCAUGACUUCACAAGUAGGGAGACAUGAUGUUUUACAAUGGAUCCAAGAUAUUGCUAAAAAGCGUCUGACUGUUGCAAAUACUGUUUCGGAAUUCAAAUAUGCAAAGUGCCGCGUACGUCAGUUAAAAGGACCUAAUCAUUUUCCUUCACUGGAUGAAAAUUUUGAGGAGAAAACUCAUGAAACAAUUUUGAAGUCUGACAAUAAAAUGGGAGUUCUUUAUUGGAUGAUACGUGAUCAAAGAGUACAAGAUAAUUGGGCUUUCUUGUUUGCUCAACGUUUAGCAUUGAAAUUUAAAGUCCCACUACACGUUUGUUUCUGUUUGGUUCCGAAAUUUCAAGCCGAAACGUUACGACAUUAUACCUUUAUGGUUGAAGGAUUGAAAGAAGUAGAGAAAGAAUGUCGUGAACUUUGCAUACCAUUUCAUAUUACAUCAGUUGCCAAUAACAGCUCACCGACCAAUCAGUCAGUCAAAACGGGCAUCAAGCGUAAAUUACCGGAAUCAGUAAAUAAUUGUUGUUAUGCUGAUACAGUCGCUCAGUCCGUUUUAAGUUUGAUACAAAAUGUUAAUAUCAGCUGUAUCGUAACAGAUUUUUUUCCUUUGCGUGAACCUACAGCUUGGAUAAAACAGUUGGCUGAACUGCUUCCAGAAAAUAUUCCGUUUUGUCAGGUUGAUGCACAUAAUGUUGUUCCUGUUUGGCAUGCAUCAGAUCACUUAGAAUAUGCGGCUCGUACAAUUAGACCAAAAUUACAUCAAAAAGCAAAUAACUUAAUGACCGAGUUUCCACCAUUGACUAAACAUCCCUAUUGUCAUCAAUCAAGCUUAUCACCAAUAGAUUGGAAUUAUUGGACAUCAACAUUUUCGGUCGAUUCAUCAGUUAAACCAAUUGAUUGGGCAAUUCCAGGAACUAGUGGAGGUCUUACAACGUUACACACAUUUAUCUAUGAAAAACUGUCUAAAUACGCUGAUUGUCGUAACGACCCCACUAAAAAUUGUUUGAGCGACUUGUCACCAUGGUUUCAUUAUGGUAAUUGUUAUUUGAUUUGUCACAAUUCCUAUUAUGAUGAGUAUGCGCCAUUGUAUUUCAGUGUAAUUUUGACUUACCAAGAUGAUGUUCGUCGAAGACACACACUUAGCAUACUUCACCACCGCAGAAGCUACGUACUGUUGGGAGUACACACGUUAGAUAGUUACGCGGACUCUUCUACCAAUGAUUUCAGUUUUAUCGAUAUGUUUAGGCUUUCAGAUUAUAACUGUAUGUGUUUUGUUUUUACUUAGGCUGGGCUACGUUGUUUCGUCAAGCAAUUUCCCAGAAGUGGGUAAACUAUUUUAGUUAGUGUCGAAUAACUUGAUGAUAGACAUCACUAACUUCCCAGAUGGUACAACGAUUUAAUUAUUCAGAAAUAUUUAUGGAAAUGAAUUUUCAAAAUCAGGCCUUUGGCUCCGCUAUUCAGAAUAUUGUAACCAGUUGGAGACUUCGUGUUUUCAUACUCAACUAAUUUUAUUAACCUGCACAUUUUAGGACUAAUAGACACUAAUAUAUUAGGUGAAUUAAAAAUUUUCUGUUAAAAACUUGACAGCAUAUCGCAUCUCAAUGAACUGAUUGUCCUUACGAGCAUCCGGUGCACCUUUGACGUAAACCAUACACGUAGGCAACUGGUGAGACUAUAGUUUAUGGACAACCUUUGAGCAACGCUAAAAUUAUGAUUUACAGUUCAUGGUUUGGGUUAGGAAUUAGGCUUAGGAUUUUCACCACAAAUUUACAUCAACUAUAAUACUGAAAUAGUAUUUGGCCCAAUGAGUGAAUGAAUUGCGCGCUAAAAUUCAAGAUCUGUUAUUGUAAAUCUGAUUGGUUCGUUCAUUAAUUAGUCUCGCCAAGCUACCUUUUUCCUUACAACCGCAUCCC